AUGGAUUUCAAACACAUCGACCCCGAACUUAUCAUCACUGCCAUUUCUUCGUGGGGCUCCCCUCUGUCCAUCGCCGCCGUUGUCUUCCUCAUGUUACGACUCUUCAUACAUCCACUGAUCCCACCGUUUACGCCUGGUCACAUACUCAGCGAGGGCGAGUACAUGAUGGAAGAAAUUAUGCAUUUGUUCGAAGACCAUCUUGAAGAACUGGCCGACACUGGGUUAUAUAGUCGCUUCACAAUAGACAGCCUCAGAAACAGGAGGCAUCUUCUGGGUCAAAGUAUUGAAGAAGCGAACGAGGAAGCUGGCCUCUCCUCCUCGUACACAUACAUCACGAAAGUGGUAGCUUAUUGGAAGGAAUCCAAACAGUGUCGGCAAGAGCUGAAGGCGCUGCGACGAGAGAUACAGCGACAGACGUGGAAAUUUAAGACCCGGAAGGACCAGUCCUGGCGUAAUGCGUCGAAGGAAUCACGCAAGCCUGGUAGGCGCUGCACGUCGAUUCAUGGGAGCAUGGUCUGA